AUGUCUUCCCCCAACUGCGACAUCGACGCUACUCUUCCACACGCUGGGCUCCUCUCGUACUUCCGUCUGCACCAUGGAGUCGAUAAUUGCGAUAGAAGCGCACAGACAAUCUGUACAGAGUCGUCUUUUCUGAGCGACAUGAAGCACAGAGUUUUCGACGAAGAAGCACAACGCAACUCUUGGGACGCGGACAGCACCACGGACACGGAGUGUGAGGACCUACUUCAACCGGCGCACCGCCACUACCAGGGCGUAUUUCACAGCGUGCACGACUUAUGGGGCUUUGUCUGUGUUGUCACUUUAGUAUCGUGUGCGAUCUAUCUUGGUCUUGACCUGGCGCUCAAUCAAUACGGCUUGGGCAUGGGCUUGAUUGACCGCAUCAGAGGAGGACGCCUGCCACCAUCUCCAAUAGCCCGCGAGUUACACUUCUGUCUUUCUUCGCCAAACCGGGAGGCACCUGGUCCACAAACAUGGCACCUCAUGUCCUCGAGACAGCAUAGAGAGUGCACGACGGAGGUAGUGACACUACUUGCUACUCCUACUGAAGUAUGGAAGCUUCGUUCGGAUGACGACAUUGUCUUUGGUAACGGGCAGCGGCUGCGACAAGAUUCGAUACGUGUUGGCAAGUUCUUGGGGAUUGAGGAUGUGCUCAGCCGGAUGGACUUGGGUGAUAACAUUGCCGAAGAGGGUGUUUUGAGUCAGUCUGGUGAAGUGACAAUUCCAAGGGCUGUGGUGAUCACCUAG